UUCGAAAAAGAAAAGUGUCAUCAAGUCAAAAUAAACGAAUCCGCGGUUAAAUUUUGUUUUGUUGUGUUCAAACGGUUUUGUGAACUUUUCAUCAAGUUAUCUUUAGUUUGCCAGGUUAGGAACACAUUUGUUACAGUCCAGUUGCUAUUAUUGUCAUUAUAAUGCAGAAGAACAAGAAAAGAAAGGGUGAGGAAGAACCGAUGGAAGUGGACGAAAGUCCGCAGAAUGAUGAGAUGCCGCCAAGAAGUGGUGAUGGUGAAAUAGACCACAUAUCCGACGACGAAGAAGGCGGAGUUCGUAUAGGGGAUAUCUACAUACCGCCUGCUCCUAAACCAGCGCUAACUUUCGACACUACAGGCCCAAGGUUGAUAAUCACUCAUAUUGUGAAUGAUAACUUCAAGAGUUACGCUGGAGUGCAGACGUUGGGACCAUUUCAUAAGAGUUUCACAGCAAUAAUCGGACCGAACGGCAGCGGCAAGAGCAACGUCAUAGACUCCAUGUUGUUUGUGUUUGGUUACCGAGCCAGCAAGAUCCGGUCUAAGAAGAUCUCUGUCCUGCUACACUCUUCCAGCAAGUUCCCCAAUGUGCAGAGUGCGAGUGUUGCUGUGCACUUCUGUCAGAUACUUGAGGGGGAAGGAGAAGACUUCACAGUGGUGCCCGACAGCGAGAUAGUGGUCUCCAGGACUGCGUUCAAAGACAACUCCUCGUUUUACACAUUGAAUGGCAAGCGUGUGCAGUUCAAGGAAGUCGCUAGGAUGCUGCAGUCCCACGGGAUUGAUCUGGACCAUAAUAGGUUCCUUAUCUUACAGGGUGAAGUGGAGCAGAUAGCUAUGAUGAAGCCGAAAGCCCUGACUGAACACGAGUCUGGUAUGCUAGAGUACUUGGAAGACAUCAUUGGCACAUCUAGAUAUAAGGACCCAAUAGAAAAGCUAGCAGUCCGCGUAGAAGAGUACAGCGAGAUGCGCAAAGAGAAGCUCAACCGCGUCCGAUUGGUGGAACAAGAGAAGGUGAAGCUGGAACAGCCAAUGAGAGAGGCGGUGGAACAAAUGACGCUCACUAACACUGCGCUGCGGACUAGGAAUAUGCUGCUGCAGAAGUAUAUCCAUGAAACUAACAAAAUAAUAGAAGUUAAAAACAAAGAGAUGGAAGAAUUGAAAGAAGCUCUGAAAGUAAUCGAUGAUAAACUGGCCACGCUGAAGACAGACUUGGAUGAGAAAACUGGAGUCCUGAAGCAAGGCAAUAAAAAAUACGAGAAACUACAGAAGCAAAAAGAAGAAUUGACAGAGAAGCUACAAAGCAGCAAGAAGAAGUUUGUAUCAGUGCAAGCGGACAACACCCAGGCUGGGAAAAAGAAGAAGAAUCUAGAACAACUGCUGGAAUCAGAGAAGGGAAAACUUAUGGAAUUGGAGCUGAUACCAGAGAAGAAUGAAAGAGAAAUAAAAGAUUGUGAGAAGCUUCUAGAAAAACACAGACAGAGCAAGAAGACUAUGGAAGAAGAGUUACAAACGGCUAUGGCUGGGGUCAGGUCCAAAACUCAACAGUACCAAGAAGUAAAGGACAAACUGCAAGCAAAAUUAAUAGACCUAAAGAAAAUAGUUGAUGAAGCGAAAAAGGACUUCAAACUUGCGGAGUCAGAGCUCAAAAUCUAUCUGAGUACAGAAGUCAGCGAACAGGAAAAAUUGGCAAAGGUUAAGGAAGCUUACGAGAAAGCUGUUAAUGAUUUGGAAGAGAAGAAAACGCUACAAAAAGAGUUAUCAACAAAAGUGCCAUCAGAAGAGAAGCAGUUAUCGCAACAGAUGGCUAAAUUGCAGGCACUGAAGCAAGAAGAGACCAAAAUUGUCGCUGAGGCCAGGUCUUUGAGAGCGACACUAGAAGAGUCUAAACAAGCUAUGAACGCUAAUCGCUCGCGCGGCCGCGUGUUGGACUCGCUCAUGAGAGAGAAGAAUGCCGGCCGCUUGCCGGGGAUCUUCGGACGACUGGGUGAUCUCGGCGCAAUAGACAGUAAAUACGACGUGGCGAUAUCAACGUGUUGCGGCGCGCUAGACAACAUAGUGACAGAUACUGUGGACACGGCACAGGCGUGCGUGGAGUUCCUGAAGAAAAACGACAUAGGCCGAGCCACGUUCAUAGCGCUCGACAAACAAACGCACCUGCAGAAGUAUUACGAGAAACGAGUCAAUUACCCAGAAAACGUGCCCCGUCUCUUCGACCUGGUCCAAGUGAAAGACCCGCGCGUUCUAUGCGCGUUCUACUACUCUCUGCGCGAUACUCUAGUCGCUAACGACUUGGACCAAGCGUCGAGAUUAGCGUACGGGGCGACGAGGUAUAGGGUUGUGACGCUGAAGGGCGAUGUUAUUGAGACUGCUGGUACGAUGUCGGGCGGCGGCAAGACAACCAUGCGCGGGCGCAUGUCCAGCUCCGUGACACAAGACACUCGCGAGCAGGACCCGAGCGCGCUGCGGGCGAGCGAGGAGACACUAGCCGAGUUGGAGAGACGGCUAACAGAACUGCGUAGCGAGCAAGUCUCUCUCGAAGACUCGGUGGCCUCCCUACAACGUAGCACACGAACAGGCAAAACCACGCUGCAGAAACUGAGCGUCGAGCUGAAGAGUCUCACGGAACAGGCGCCGCUCUUGAAGGCCCAAGUGAAACAGCAAGAGAACAAAGCCAAGUCCAGUAAAGUGGACGAAAAACAGAAGUCCAAGCUCGAAGCUGUCAUGAACACGGCUGAGGAGAAAUUAGACAAGGCUACUACGGACGCGGGCGAGGUAGAGAAAGAGGUGCAAGGUGUAGACGCUCAGAUAUCUAAGGUGGCCGGCGGUAAAGUGAAGGAUCUGACGAAAUCUGUCGACGAACUCACUAAGAAGAUAGACAAGGUGUCCACGGAGAUUACGAAGUUGAGAGUAGCUAUCAAUACGAGCGUAAGGAACUCCAAAAAGUCCAAAGACAAGAUAGAUCAAAUGGAGGCGGAUCUAAGGGAGACGGAGAAGAAUAUAGAAACCUACUCGAAUCAGAAGAAACAACUCACUCUGGAGACUUCGCAACUGCAAAAAGAAUUGGAGGAGGUGGAAGAGCAAAUAAGCGAAGGCUCAGGCGAAUUCUCCGACCUAAAGAAAGAGAUAGCCAAGCUACAGAGCAAGGAGAACAAGGUGAAAGCAGAACGACUGGAAGCGAACAACGCGGUGGGGAAAAUGGAGAAGUCCAUACAGGACUGCCGGAGCAAGACUCCGAUGUGGGAGAAAGAGCUACAAUCCCUAAAACUCGAAGACCCCGGUAUCGACGGCAUCCCAGGCGUGGAGCGACCCGCUCCUCUAGAGACCCACACUCCAGAGGAACUAGAGGACAUAGCGGUAGAGGAAUUGAGAGGACGGCUGACAGCACAGAAGGGGAGAUUGGCUGAGAGCAAGCCCAAUUUGCAGGCUAUACAGGACUACAAAGCUAAAGAGGAGUUAUACUUAAAACGAGCAGCGGAACUAGACGACAUCACUACAAAGAGAAACGAGAUGAGGACUCUCUUCGACCAGCUGAAGAAGAAACGCAGUACAGACUUCUUGUGUGGUUUCAACACAAUAACAGCGAAGCUCAAGGAGAUGUAUCAGAUGAUCACGCUGGGUGGUGAUGCGGAGCUCGAGCUGGUCGACUCGUUGGACCCCUUCACUGAGGGCAUCAUAUUCAGCGUCCGCCCGCCAAACAAAUCGUGGAAGAACAUAUCAAACCUAUCCGGCGGUGAGAAGACCCUAUCAUCGCUAGCGCUAGUGUUCGCGCUACAUUACUACAAGCCAACCCCGCUGUAUGUGAUGGACGAGAUAGAUGCGGCUCUGGACUUCAAGAACGUGUCUAUUGUGGCCAACUAUAUUAAAGAACGAACGAAAAACGCGCAGUUCAUAAUAAUCUCCCUACGAUACAACAUGUUCGAGGUGUCCAACCGUUUGGUCGGCAUCUACAAGACAGAAGACUGCACUAAAUCAGUCACAGUUGAUAACAAGAUACCAGAGAGUAAUGAUAAUAAUGUACUCAAGGAUAUUGAUCUAAAAAUGGUGUCCAAUGGAAACGCGUUAUGCGCGUGAGAAAAUAAGUAAAGUACAAGAUAAUGGAAUGUCUUAGUUGAAUCAGCUGGCACUCGAUUUAAAUUUAAGAAGGUAAUGUAAAUAAAUUCUAAUGUUUUUGAAUAUACCUAAUGUCUUUAGUGA